GAUCGGAAAGAUGACUCAGGCUCCACGAGGACAAGAAGAUGAGCGCAGCAGAAGGAAGGUACAGGAGGUGGACCCGGACGCGUAUUACCGGCUGAAACUGGCUGAUCGGGACGACUGGAAAGACGAGUAUGCGCCGGAUUCCGAUGACGAGGAGGAGGAGGAGGAAGAAGAGCCUGUCAAGCGCAGAAGAGGAGCAGACGACCAGGUGGACUUUAGCUUCCUCCAAAGAGGCGAGGUAGAAGGCAAGAUCACCGUGGGCAUCAAGGAAGUGGCUGUCCGCCUGGGGGGUCGGAUGAUCCUCCAGGACGCCUCUUGGACUGUGCGCACGGGGGAGAAGCUGGCGCUGGUGGGCGCCAAUGGCUGCGGCAAGACCACGCAGCUGCGGGUGCUGCUGGGACAGCUCACGCCGGAGCAGGGGCAGGUGGUGAAGAGCCCUCCAAAUGCCAAGAUCGCUAUUUUGGAGCAAAGCUUUGUGGAUGACCUGAACCUCGAGAACACCUUGCGGCAGGAGAUUCUGAGCGCUGUGCCGCAGCAGAAGGCGGUGAUGGACGAGAUGGAGGAGGUGGAGAAGGCUCUGGAGGCGAACCCCGAGGACCCCGAUGAGAUGCAGACCUUGGUGGACAGGUUGCAGGAGCUCAGCGACCAGAAGGACCUGCUCGGGGUGGACAAGCUCGAGCAGACCUUGGCUUUCGUCAUGAAACAGGUGGGCUUUCUUUCGGAAGACAUGGACCGCAAAGUGGGCCUCUUCAGCGGAGGUUGGAAGGUGAGAAUCGGCAUGUCCAAGCUCUUCAUGAUGAGGCCAGAUGUGAUCCUUCUGGACGAGCCCACCAACCAUUUGGACCUGAAAGCAGUGGAAUGGAUCGAGGAGUUCCUGAAACAACAAGACCUUCCCUUUGUGAUCGUGACCCACGACCGGGAGUUCAUGAACCGAGUGGCUACUCGAGUGGUGGAGACUGUGGAGGGAAUGACCUACAGCUAUGAUGGCAACUAUGCAUCCUUCAUGCAGCAGAAGGAGACGAAGAUGCUGAACUGGCGGAAGAAGUGGGAGCUCCAGGAAAAGAAGCGGAAGGAGAUUGAGGCGUAUAUCAAGGCAAACCGAGGCG